UUGCAAUAAUUAAUUCUAGAGGAAUUCUCUAUGGGAAUCAUAUGGAUUACGAGUUCUAAGAUAUAGGCCCAAUUAUGUGGUCUGUACGGUGUCUAGCUCUAUUAUUGCGGCACGUUCCCGUUUUCGCUGUUUAGAACGUAGUGCUAUUUCAUUAGCUUAGGCUACUUUCAAUUUUGUUAUACAGAAAGCGAAAGUAGAAUUGCUCAGAUCGAACUUCGCCGACGCAUUGCUGUACAGGAUGUCGGUGACGUACUUUGGCUGGGACGUGGUGUACGAUGACAAAUCCCUGGUGUUGGAACUGGGGGCAGAGCAGGAGCCUCAAAAGGGGGAUUCUUACACUAUGUACCAUGGCACCAAUGUCCAGACUGCUCGGCUCAUCAUCACCAAUGGCUUCCGCCAGUCCCCUGAUGGCAUGUUGGGCCCCGGUGUGUACGUGAGCCGCAACCAGCAGAAGGCAGAGCGCUACCCGCUAAAAGCCCUCCCCUCCAACCGUGUGGUGCUGCAGCUGCGUGUAAACGCUGGUCGCGUGAAACGCAUCGACAAAGACAACCACCCUAUGCAAAAGAGCUGGAACGCAGCAGGGUACGACACCGCAUGGGUUCCCCCCAACUGUGGCAUGCAAUCCGUGCCCAGCGGCCUGGAGGAGGACUGUGUGUUUGACCCCCAGCGCGUCGUGGUCACUAGCAUCGCCAAGGCGCCCAACCCCACCAUCCUGGCUGAGCUAAAGCAGUUGGUUUCACAGAAGCGGGCUGGGAUUGGAAGGGGUGGAGACAUGCAGGUUGCUGGGGGUGUGUGUACCCUGUGCAAGAGGAAAACCACACCAGAUCAAACACAUACGCUGCUCCCGUGCUGGGGCUGCGGACAGAACAUCUGCACCCUAAUGACCAAACACACCUGCUCUGCCAGUGCCUGACACAGGGGGGGGGGUGGACAAGGAGCAGCAGUGAUGUGUCAUGGUCUAGUAGUCUUCGGUGGUGUGUUAUUGCAUACAUGUAUCUCAGGGACCUAAUAUUUUUUUCUCCUGUAAAAUAUAUGCUGUACAUCAUGUGGCCAGAAUGUAUCUCCUGAACAAACCUUUUAUCUCCACAUGUAGGCUUAUGUUGUAUGUGGCUGUUUUGGUGAACAAUGAUGUGCCAGAGGGGAUCAACGAAGACACAUAGCAUGUUCUUGUACAGUACCAGUCAAAGGUUUGGACACACCUACUCAUUCCAGGUUUUUUUUUUUUUUUCAGAAUAAUAGUGAAGAGUGUUAAAUCAAUCUAUUUUAUGAGAUUCUUUAAAGUAGUCACCCUUUGCACAUUCUUGGCAUUCUCUUAACCAGCUUGAUGAGGUAGUCACCUGGAAUGCAUUUCAAUUAACAGGUGUGCCUUGUUAAAAGUUAAUUUGUGGAAUUUCUUUCCUUCUUAAUGCAUUUGAGCCAAUCAGUUGUGUACCACCCCUGUAUACAGAACAUAGGUCCAUAUUAUGGCAAGAACAGCUCAAAUAAGCAAAGAGAAACUACAGUCCAUCAGUUCUUUAAGACUUGGUCAGUCAAUCCGGAAAAUGUCAAGAACAUUGAAAGUUUCUUGAAGUGCAGUCGCAAAAACCAUCAAGCACUUUGAUGAAGCUGGCUCUCAUGAGGACCGCCACAGGAAAGGAAGACCCAGAGAUAACUCUGCCACUGAAGAUAAGUUCAAUCGAGUUACCAGCCUCAUAAAUUGCAGCCCAAAUAAAUGCUUCACAGAGUUCAAGUAACAGACAUCUCAACAUCAACUGUGCAGACUGCGUGAAUCAGGCCUUCAUGGUUGAGUUUCUGCAAAGAAACCAAUACUUAAAGACAUCAAUAAUAAGAAGAGACUUGCUUGGGCCAAGAAACACGAGCAAUGGACAUGGGACCGAUGGAACUCUGUCCUUUGGUCUGAUGAGUCCAAAUUUGAGAUUUUUAGUUCCAAACAACAUGUCUUUGUGAGACGUAGAGUAGGUGAACGGAUGAUCUCUGCAUGUGUGGUUCCCACUGUGAAGCAUGGAGGUGCUUUGCUGGUGACACUGUCAGUGAUUUAUUUAGAAUUUAAGGCACACUUAACCUGCAUGGUUACGACAGCAAUCGGCAGCGAUACACCAUCCCAUGUAGUUUGCGCUUAGUAGGACUAUAAUUUGAUUUUCAACAAUACAAUGAACUCCAAACACAACUCCAGGCUGUGUAAGGGCUAUUUGACCAAGGAGAGUGAUGGCAUCAGAUGACCUGGCCUCCACAAUCACCCGACCUCAACCCAAUUGAGAUGGUUUGGGAUGAGUUGGACCACAGAGUGAAGGAAACGCAGCCAACAAGUGCUCAGCAUAUGUGGGAACUCCUUCUAGACUGUUUGAAAAAGCAUUCCAGGUGAAGCUGGUUGAGAGAAUGCCAAGAUAGCACAAAGCUGUCAUCAAGGCAAAGGGUGGCUACUUUGAAUAAUGUAAAAUAUAUUUUGAUUUAACAAUUUUUUGGUUACUACAUAAUUCCAUAGUCCUGAUGUCUUCACUAUUAUUCCACAAUGUAGAAAAUAGUACAAAUAAAGAAAAACCUUUCAAUGAGUAGGAGUGUCCAAACUUGACUGGUACUGUGUGUUGGCUUUUUAUUCCUGCAGUAUCACUAAUAUCACUUUGUAUAUUUUCUUCUUCUUGAACUGCUCUGUUGGUUAAGAGUUUCUAAGUAAGCAUUUCACGGUAAAGUCUACACUUGUUGUAUUCGGCGCAUGUGGCAAAUAGUUUGAUUUGAUCCAUUUCAUAUGAAAUACAUGUGCUCCAAAGUAAAAAUACUCUUUCCUCA